AUGGCAUUGGACGCCGCGAGGCUGAUUCAGCAGGUCGGGAUGCAGCAGCUGAUGCGCCGUCGACAGUCGCCUCGCCGAACCUCAGCUCCGGAACAGCUGCCCGACCCGCAGCCCAGCACGUGGGCGUAUUCCCGCCCCGUGGUCAUCCUCGACGCGUUUUGGAACCUCGCCUUCGUUGUAGUCACAGCCAUCACGCUCUUUAUAAGCCAGGCGCGCAACGAGCGCCCGCCCGCGCCGCUGUCCAUCUGGUUACUCGGUUACGCCGUGCAAUGCGCCGUGCACGUGAUCUGCGUUCUGCUGGAGCACGAGCGGCGGGAGAGCCGGCGCGUACGGGAGCAGCGGGAGCAGCGCAGGGAGAGGAGACGCGGGCGGGGGAGGGGGAGGAGGGGGAGGCGCGCAAGGGGAGAGCGGAGGGAUAGGGAAAGGGAGAGAGGGAGGGAGAUGAGGGGGGGCGGGGAAGCGAACGAGGGGGACGAGAACGUGAAUAGUGGGAGGGGUGAAGCGGGGGAGGCGACGGGGGAUGCGGAGGGGACGAGAUUCGAUGCGUCGCGGGACCAAUCGGGGGAAUGGGGGGGGAUGGGGGGGAGAGGGGAUGGCAGAGGAAAUGUGGAAGUGACGGGCAGCCGUAGCGAAAGGGAGAGAGAAGAGGAAUUCAUCUCCAUUCUACGCAGGAGGGACGCGGGUAGAGUGGCGACUCUAGACGAAGCAGCGUCUGUGCUUAUAACGGGACGGGCUCUGUUACUGGAAAGGGAAGCGCGCGAAGGGGAGGCGCUUGAGGGGCUUCUGGGGGAGGAGAGGGCGGGCGGGGAGGAUGGGAGGGGGGAUGGGCAGGCAAGGGCGGGCGGAAGAAUGAGGGGUGAGGAAGGAUCGACGGUGGAUGAUGAAGAGAUGAUGGUGGGAGCUGUGGAUGAAGGUGAAUCGGACGACUCAGAUCAGAGAGUUCGCCAACACCAUGUUCUCCUUCGCCUGGUGGCUCAAUCUUGCUCUCGUGAUCUCUCCUUCUCUCUCCCUCUCCUGCUCUCCCUCUUGCUUUCCCUCCCUUUCACCUAUUCCAGCCUGGCACAACGCGUAGACCUGGCACGGCGCGUAGAGUCAGCCAACACAAUGUUCUCCUUCGCCUGGUGGCUCGUCGGCUUCACGUGGAUCCUCUCCACCAUCGACGACUCUUUCAAAGACGCGCCCAUCCUCUCCUGGGCGACCACAGCCUUCCUGGCGUUUGACGUGUUCUUCGUCGUCUUCUGUGUGGCUGUGGCGUGCGUUGUGGGCAUGGCCGUGUGCUGCUGCCUGCCCUGCAUCAUUGCUCUCAUCUAUGCUGUUGCAGACCAGGCGAGUGCAGAAGGAGCAACACGAGAGCAGAUCGAAGCUCUCCCCAAGUUCAAGUUCUACCGCCAUCGCACCGCCGCCAACAACUCUUCCCAAGCCAGCAGCAUAUGCCCCUUCCACUCCUGCUCCUCCUCCUUCCGCCUCUCCUCGUCUCCCCCCCUCUCCUCCUCCACCACGUUCUCCUCCUCUCCAGCCACCCGAACCGCCCCCUGCCCCUGCUGCUCCUCCUCUGCCUUUGCCGGUGCCAUGUGGCGCAACGCGGUUGGCCUUGCUGCUGGGCUCUGGAGGCGGGCAGGCCGGGCAGGAGGAAAUAACAGCAGCAUCAGAAAUUCUCCAAGUGGCGAUGGGCUGGACGUCCGUGUGACAGUUGAGGAAGAGACAGGUGGCGUCAUGUCAUUGGUUGGCUCGGCCCAUCCGCCAAGGCGGAGGCAUGUAGAGGCGGAGGAUGCAGAAUGCUGUGUGUGCCUUGUAAGGUAUGAGGAUGGGUGUGUGUUACGGGAGUUACCAUGCUCGCACCACUUCCACGCAGCAUGUAUUGACAAGUGGCUCAAGUCACACCCGACAUGCCCGCUAUGCAAGCGUGACAUUACAAAGGGAGUAGGGAGCAUGCCAUCGCCGGACACACUGCCAAGUUCACUCUCUGCUGGAGCAUCGGUGGGAGGGGCUCUUGAAAGCACUCCAGGGCCAAGCGGGACACCAUAA